GGGGUGAGCCGGAGGACUCGGGGGCUACCUUGUGAAAGUACGUGUGUGUCCCUGGACCGGACACGACGAAGCCGUAGUGUUGCGAGAGGAGAAAAGUCGUUUUUCUGAAAGUGAGGGAGAGUUUAAACAGGGCGCAAGUGGGGCUCGCUCGGCCUGAGCCGUCCGUGCACCUCGUCUCGCGCGUCCCUUCGCUUGGACUCCAGGGUACUUCAUCGUGGACUGGCUGGUUCGGGGUUCACGGGGCCCCCGAAAGUCAAGUGUUCAGUGCUCUCUGGGAGGAGCGGGUGUUGGCCGGCCGCAGAAGCAGGACCUUCCCUCUGCACCAUGCCUCUCCUAACCCAACAGACCGAAGAUGACAGUGAUGAGUACAGCUUAGUGGCCAGCCUUGACAACGUCAGGAAUCUCUCCACUGUCUUGAAAGCUAUCCAUUUCAGAGAACAUGCCACGUGUUUUGCAACUAAAAAUGGACUUAAGGUGACAGUGGAAAAUGCAAAAUGUGUGCAAGCAAAUGCUUUUAUUCAGGCUGAAGUGUUUCAAGAAUUUAUGGUUCAGGAAGAGUCUGUUACUUUUCGAAUUAAUUUAACUAUCCUUUUAGACUGUUUAUCUAUUUUUGGAUCAAGUCCUAUGCCAGGGACAUUGACUGCACUUCGGAUGUGUUACCAAGGUUAUGGUCACCCUCUGAUGUUGUUUCUCGAGGAAGGAGGAGUGCUGACUGUUUGCAAAAUUAACACUCAAGAGCCUGAGGAGACCCUGGAUUUUGAUUUCUGCAGCACCAAUGUUACCAAUAAAAUUAUCCUGCAGUCAGAGGGACUCCGGGAAGCAUUUUCUGAGUUGGACAUGACAAGUGAAGUCCUACAGAUCACCGUAUCUCCUAAUAAACCCUAUUUCAGGUUAUCUACUUUUGGAAAUGCAGGGAGCUCCCACCUUGACUACCCCAAAGAUUCUGAUUUGGUGGAAGCAUUUCAUUGUAAUGAGACCCAAGUCAACAGAUACAAGAUUUCAUUACUGAAACCCUCCACGAAGGCAUUAGUCUUAUCUUGUAAGGUAUCUAUUCGGACUGAUAAUCGAGGCUUCCUCUCCCUACAAUAUAUGAUCAGAAAUGAAGAUGGACAAAUAUGCUUUGUGGAAUAUUACUGCUGCCCUGAUGAAGACGUUCCUGACUCCUAGUCUUGAGUGUGCAGUUUAUACUGGUUUGAGUACUCAUUCUGAUCGCAGCACUCUUCACAAUUUCUUGUCGGAUUGUCUAUGGAGCCUGAAGAAGAAAGGAACAAGGUCCCCACAGGCUAGUAGCAGCUGUAGAUUGUGUAAAUAAGUGUUUUUGUAUAGUCCAACCAUCACUUACUCGACUGUCCCUUUAGCUCCUUUUGAGCUUAUGCGGAUUGUUGUGGAUCAACAUAAAUUAAGGACAUUGUGAGAGUCUAAAGAUAGAAGGUUGGAUGAACUCAUGUCUGAAAUUUGCUGUUAAUUUAUAUGGCAUUGUUAACUUGAAUUUCGAACAGGUCGUUAAUGCUGAUUCCGUCUCUCAGUGUCCCAUCCAGACCAAUGUCAGAUUUACUUGGAUACUUUUCAGAAACUUGGAGGUGGCUCAGCAAUCUUUAUUUUAAUAAAUUUCCCCCAAGAAAUUCUAAUGUUUGUCAAAGUUUGAGAACCACUGCUCUUGAAGGAUACUCUCGGUUUAUAACUUUUAAUUGCCCCAAGGUGACUACAUGUGACUUCUCCACAAACAUUCUGAAGUUGAGGCAAUAUUAAACCAGUUUGAACAAUACUUUCUUUGGUUUAAAAUUUAAAGUAUGCCUUUUGAAAAAAAUUAUGAAUAGGAUAUUAAAACAUUCUGUGUACAUACUAUUUUCUUGUUCUCAGAACAGAUAUGUUAAGUACUGAAAUAGAUACCUUCCAUUUGUCUAUAGAAGCUUCUUGAAUCAAAUCCAAACAGCUAUCAAGUUUUUGUAUUUUCCAGGGUAGUUUCACUGAAAUAUUUUUUGUAGCAUGUAAAUAUUUUUUUGUAUAACCUAAUGCUAAUAUCUGAAUUGCUUUAGUAAAAAAUAAAAUACUAAAA